AUGUCCAACGAUCUCUACAUCGCGGAUACACCCGUCGAGGUGUCUCAGGCCAAGGGUCUGCACCUCAUCACCCAGAACACACCCAACGGUCAAGCCACGCAGAUCAUGCUCGAGGAACUCGCGGAUGUCUAUGGCACAACGUGGACCACCACCCUCAUCAACAUCAUGACCAAUGAGCAGAAGAAAGAGUGGUUCCUCCGGCUCAAUCCCAAUGGACGUAUCCCCGUGCUCGUCGACAACGGGCAAUCCCCUCCCUUCCCCAUCAUCGAGACCAGCGCUCAGCUGUUGUAUCUGUUGAAGUUUGCGGACAAGGAGGACAAGUUUGGCUUUAAAGAUGAAUUGGAGCGGAAUGUGGUGCUGCAGUGGAUGUUCUUCUGGCACGGCGGAGGUGCCCCGUAUCAGGGACAAGUGAACCACUUUUCAAGGGCGGCACCCGAGAAGAUUCCCUACGCCAUCAACCGCUACAAGAACGAAACCCUCCGCGUUUACGGCGUGCUGGAAAUCCGCCUCUCGGGUCGGUUCACAGGCGAACCGCGCGACUACCUGGCCGGUCCUGGUAAAGGCAAGUACACGGUAGCAGACAUCAAGACAUGGCCUUGGGUGAAAGGUUGGGAGAGAAGCGGAUUCAGCGCGGACGAGAUGAAGCCUUUCCCGCACCUGCUCAAGUGGAUUGACCGGAUUGCUGCGAGACCAGCGGUCCAGAGGGGCAUUGGCGACAAAUAUGUGCAGAAGUAA